GCUCCAGGCCAGGACUUUGUAAACCUGGACUACCGGCUGCGCUACUACCCCAGCAUCACCUACGCAGUCAUCGGCAGCGCUGUCAUCUUUGUCCUGGUGGUGGCACUGUUGGCCCUGGUCCUGCACCACCAGAGGAAGCGCAGCAUGCUGUUGCCCCGGGGGGUCCGGGGGUCCUCCUACCACCACCACCACCAUCAGCCCCUGCUGCUGUCCCGCCUGGUCAUCCUAGACCGGGGACACGUCCACCCAGCUGUCCCUGGCCUCUCCCCCACCUCCCCGUCUGCAGCAGCCCAGUACAGUGCAGGUCCCCCAGGGCUACAGCUGCUGUCUAGGGCCCUCUACCCUGCUGGCAUGCCCAUGGACUCGCCACCCUCCUACUCCCAGGCUGUGCUGGAUGUCAGGUAGACAUACAGUAAAUCUAGUGUACUGGAGGGAGUAGCAUGAGGCUAAUCGUUUUGUCAACUGUAACUUUGCCUAUUUAAAUGUGUUUUUUUGUAUUGAUCUGCCUCUAAACUUGAUUUUAGAAUACUUUGGAGCAUAAUUUAUUCAUUUAUUAGGUAGGACGCUCGAAUACAACAGUGCAAUAGUAUCCUAAUUAUAUGUGUGCUUCUUCCUGUAUCUAUUUUUCCUUCUCCAUCACGCCUCCAGCCGGCCUCCCUGGUUUGACCUUCCCCCGCCUCCCUACCUCCCAGACAGGGAGCUGCCGUCAGAAGGAGAGCUGCCCCAGUACGAAGUCCCCACAGAGCCCUCCACUCAGCCCAGCACACACCCCUCUGAGCCCCCCACACCCAGAACUGUGGCCCCAGGCUUGUCCCGACCUAGCUUCAGCUCCAGCUCCAGAGAGGAGUCGGAC